AAACACAAAGAUGCUUUUUUGUUUUACUUAAUUUGUUUUGUCAAUCAACAAUGAUUAACAGAGAAGUGGACCAGAAAAUUUUGGGAGUAAUUUUUUAAGUUAAUAAAUAUUUUAAUGACAUCAAUUUUACUAUUUUUGGAAGGGUUUAAGAACGGAUUUGACACGAGUCUUGUUCAUCUUCGUCGUCUACCUUCGUACGACGGUUUAUUGCAUCUUAGGCGGCAAAGCUUAACCCUAAAUUCUCGCGUUUUCUACGGUGCCCGUCAUGUGACUCCUGCGGCUAUUCGGGUCGGAUCCAUCCCGGUUCAGAGUCUACUCUUCAGGGCACCGACUCAGCUAACCGGAUGGACCCGGAGUUGGGGUCAUCGUGUUUCUUUCUCCCAUCGCAGUGACGGUCUCGAUCUCUUAUCUUCUUCACCGAUUGUCUCAACUAACCCUACCCUCGACGAUUGUCUAACGGUUAUAGCAUUGCCAUUGCCUCACAAGCCUCUUAUUCCUGGCUUUUACAUGCCAAUCUAUGUCAAGGAUCCUAAAGUUCUUGCAGCUUUACAAGAGAGCACAAGACAACAAUCUCCAUAUGUUGGGGCUUUCCUUUUGAAGGAUGGCGCUUCUACUGAUUCAUCUUCUUGCUCUGAAACAAAUAAUGUUGUCCACAAGUUUAAAGGCAAAGGGAAACCAAAAAAGAAAAGAAGAAAAGAGUUGCUUAACCGUAUUUACCAAGUGGGCACUCUUGCUCAGAUUUCAAGUAUCCAAGGUGAGCAAGUCAUCCUUGUUGGUCGCAGACGACUUCGAAUAAAAGAGAUGGUGAGUGAAGAUCCUCUAACCGUCAACGUUUACCAUUUAAAGGAUAAGCCAUAUGACAAGGACAAUGCUGUCAUCAAGGCAAGCUACGUCGUAGUUAUCUCGAUGCUUAGGGAUGUCUUAAAGAUAAAUUCACUCUGGAGAGAUCAAGUUCAGACAUAUACCCAGGCAUGUUUGCUUCAUAUUUGACACUGCUUGCGAGUGCAAAA